GUUUUACACUGAGGAAGCUCACUCCUACCAGACAGACGGGAGCUGCCCGGCCAACGGCAGUGGGGAAAGCUGCCACUCUCGUUGACUCUCAUCAAUCAUUCUAGGUUGCCUUCACAUUCACUCCUCAGCCGAAUUGUUGUCUUGCCUUUUGCAAACAAGGAAAAGAAGAAGAAGAAGAACAACUGGACAUCAUGGGCCAUUUAACUCACGAUGAGUUCUUCUCCAAGCUCACCAAUCUGUUCGAGUAUAGGAAGAACCAAGAUCACGGAACCAUCAACCUAGUACAAAAGAGGCUAUCCUACAGCACACCUUCCCAAUCCACGGAUACCGACCCUCUCACCGACCUCAACCCUGCCACCCCGCUCCCGGUUCUCAUCCGCGCCACCAACGCCAAGGGCAAAGACAAGAGGACAGAAAAGGUCAAGCUGUCCACCAUUGUCGAGCCAGCCGACCUGGAAACCUUCUACGGGAGGUACGCCGAUGUUUGCAAGAAGGGCAUGGGGGCGUUGAAGCCGAGAGACAGGACCAAGAGGAAAAAGCAGUCGAGGAAGAAGAAGACAGGUCCUGCAGCCGCUGGAGGUCCUGGUGUUGGUGCUGGUGGGACUUCUAUGAUGGCUAUUCCCUGAUUGGACUCAAAGCAAGCGUCGCAAAUUACACCAUUGCUUAUUCUGUCUUCUUGUGUGUACCUGACCUAACGGAAGGGGGGAUCUGUAUGAGGGUACCGUAUUAAAUUUUGUAAUAUUCCCAAGUUUUGGUGGAAUACCUUGGUUCAAGUCAGUGGGUACGUAUGGUGAGGAAAGCGUUGGUGAGUAGUACCGCAUCAUAGCCUUCAACCUACCACUCUCGGUUGCCCUACCUCUCGACUCACCUACUCGUUGUCGGUAUCACCCUUCAAGACGACUAGGGAGAAAAAAAAAAAAAAAAAAA